CUUUCGGUGUCAUCUGGACUCUCGUAAGCUCGUUGCAGAGCGAGGGCGGGAACCAAGAACUGAGACGUGAAAACAAGUGAUGAAAGUUAAGAGGAAUCGUCACAGUAAGUAAAUCCCAAAAUGUCUCCUCAGUCCCGACUUCCCACCCCCAAUACCAACACCAACAAACUCUACUUCUUCUAUGGUUACCGCAAACCUUCUCAGAACCGGCCCACCGUUCGUGGUGGCCUCUUCUCCAACCGCAAAACCCUAAACCCCAAUCAAUUCGAAACCCUAAACUCUAAACGUCAACCCAGCUCUACCUCUUCCACCACUUUCGAUCUGCAAAAGUGGGAUCCCAAUUCCCCACAAACCCUUACAUCUUCACCAAUAAAACCUUCACCCGAGAAUUUCUUUUCAGUCGCUCGAACCCUCUCUCCGAUUGCUCGAUACAUAUGUGAUUCCUUCCGCAAGUACAAAAACUGGGGCCCUGCGGUCAUUGCCGACCUCAAUAAGCUCCGCCGAGUCACACCGAAUCUCGUUGCCGAAGUUCUCAAGGUCCAGACUGAUCCAAAGAUCUCGUCCAAGUUCUUCCAUUGGGCAGGUAAGCAGAAGGGUUAUCGACACAAUUUCUCUUCUUAUAAUGCAUUUGCUUAUUGCUUGAAUCGCACGAACCAAUUUCGAGCAGCCGAUCAGGUUCCCGAGCUCAUGAACAUGCAAGGGAAGCAACCCACUGAGAAGCAAUUUGAAAUUUUAAUUAGAAUGCAUUCUGAUGCUGGUCGAGGCCUUCGGGUUUACUUUGUCUAUGAAAAGAUGAAGAAAUUUGGGGUGAAACCUAGAGUUUUCCUUUACAAUAGGAUCAUGGAUGCCCUUGUCAAAACGAACCACUUGGAUUUGGCACUGUCUGUCUACGAGGACUUUAAAGAGGAUGGGUUAGUGGAAGAUAGUGUUACAUUCAUGGUUAUCAUCAAAGGCUUGUGUAAAUCUGGAAGGAUCAAUGAAGCUUUGGAGCUUUUGAAUCGAAUGAAGGCGAAUUUGUGCAAGCCGGACGUUUUUGCAUACACAGCGAUGAUUAGGGUGUUGGUUUCGGAGAAAAAUUUGGAUGCAUGUUUGAGGAUUUGGGAGGAAAUGCAAAAGGAUGGUGUUGAGCCCGAUGCUAUGGCUUAUACUACUUUGGUUGUGGCUUUGUGCAAGGGAAAUGCUGUUGAUAAAGGCUAUGAUCUCUUUAAGGAGAUGAGAGGGAAGGGGUAUUUGAUAGACAGAGCUGUUUAUGGUGCCUUAAUUGAAGCAUUUGUUGUGGAUGGUAAGGUUGGAUCAGCUUGUGAUCUGCUCAAGGAUCUAAUUCAGUCUGGGUACAGGGCUGAUCUGUCAAUAUACAAUUCUCUGAUUGAAGGUCUUUGUAAUGCAAACCAAGUCAAUAAGGCUUUUAAACUUUUCCAAAUCACAGUUCAGGAGGGUCUUGGUCCUGACUUUACCACCAUAAAUCCCAUUUUGGCAUCAUAUGCGGAGCAGAGCAGAAUGGAUGAUUUCUACAGAUUACUUGAACAGAUGCAAAUGUUGGGAGUUCCUGUCAGUGAUGAUCUCUCCAAGUUUUUCUCAUUCAUGAUUGCAAAGGGGGAUAGGGAAAUGAAAGCUUUGGAAGUGUUUGAGCACUUGAAAGCAAAUGGAUAUUGUAGUGUUUCAAUUUACAAUAUCCUCAUAGGAUCCCUCUACAAAAUUGGUGAGGUAAAAGGAGCAUUGUCCCUCUUUAAUGAGAUGAAUGAUUCAGAUUUUAAACCUGAUUUAUUUACAUACAGUAAUGCAAUUCCAUGUUUUGUGGAUAUUGGGAAUAUCAAAGAAGCGUGUCUGUGUUAUAAUGGGAUAAAAGAGAUGUCUUGGGUUCCCACUAUUUCUGCCUAUCGUUCUCUUGUCAAAGGGCUCAGCAGGAUUGGAGAGAUUGAUGCAGCUCUUAUGUUAGUUCGUGACUGCUUAGGCAAUGUGGUCAGUGGGCCAAUGGAAUUUAAGUACUCUCUUACCAUUCUUCAUGCUUGCAAGUCAGGUGAUGCUCAGAAGGUGAUUGAAGUAAUAGAUGAGAUGAUACAAGAGGCAUGUCCACUGGAUGAUGUCAUAUAUUCUGCUAUUAUUUCUGGCAUGUGCAAACAUGGGACAUUGGAGGAAGCAAGGAAGGUGUUUUCAAGUAUGAAGGAUCGCAGCCUUCUAACAGAAGCAAAUAUGAUAGUUUAUGAUGAGUUCCUUAUUGAUCACAUGAAAAAGAAGACAGCAGGGUUGGUGCUGUCAGGAUUGAAGUUUUUCGGUUUGGAGUCAAAGUUGAAAUCAAAAGGUUGUAGAAUCUUGCUGAGUUGAAGGUUAUGUACAGAAUGAUGCUAUGCAUUAUGCAAUCAUCUCCGCCAUGUGCAAGCAUGGUAUUAUGGAGGAAGCGGGGAUGGUAUUUGCAUGUAUAAGAAAAUGCAGCCUUCUAACUGAAACACAAAUUUAUAGUGCAUGAUGAGUUGCUUAUCAAUGACAAGAAGUUACCAAGAUUGAAGUUCUUUGUUUUAACUCCCAAGCUGAAUCCAAGGGGUAGUACAAUCUUGUGAAGUUGAAGAUAAAGGCCAGGAUGGUGCUCCUUCAGAUGGCAAUUUAAAGUGUGAUUCUGUAUGCCUUGGGUAAAUGGAAGGUAGCAUCACUACAGGCUCUGUUCCAGUCAAAUUUAAAGUGUGAUUCUGUAUGUUUGUGGCAGUGCUGGCUCAUUACUGGCUUAGUGGUCUAUGCUUGGAUUCCUGCAGCCCUAUCUUUCCCUUCCUGACAUAAGGAACACCUGAUAAUUGGUUCUACAGUGGGAUAAAAGCUUAAUUCAGAUGUGACGGUUCAUUACCAGCAUGGUCUAUGCUUUGAUUCCUGCAGCCUAAUCUCUCUCUUUCAGACACAAGGAACACCUGAUAAUUGGUUGAUGCACCACAGUGGGAUGAAGCGUAACUCUGGUGAUGGUAAUGAUCACUUCCAUCAAUGACCCUACAGAAUACUUUCCAUUAGCAACAAAGGUUUUAUCAGUGUUUUCUAGUAAAAAUUACUAUGCCAUUUUGAACAUGGUUCACCAGACGGGUCAAGUAGGGAAUUUCCCUGAAUGAACACGUGUGGCUACUUGCUCAAGUGUUAACAGGGAUAUUAUGGUGAUUUUUCCAUAAAAUAGACAUUUGGCCUUCUAAAGCCCUAAUUCCUCUUCUGCCUUCUUGAUCCAUUGGCAAACGUCUCAGUGUCUCACCACAACACCCUCUCAGCUCUUUCUUCUCCUGCGACGAGAUUCCCAGGCAUCAGAAACCUAGUAAAGCGAUCUACUUGUAUAUCUGGCAACAAGAACCAUCCAGGAGCCGAAGAUCUAAGGGACAAACUAGCUGUUUCUGAGGAUUGAGCGCGACGAUCCAAUGAAGUUGUAGACGAAGGGUGAUUCCACGUCGCGGGAAUCAUUACUCACAAAGGGAAAUAGACAAACAACACUUUGGCUGGGAAUCAUUUCCCAGCAGCAAGUAAUUGAGCUAGUCUCUGUGGGUCAUUUCAUCCAUUUGGCUAAUUGGCUUGCUUAAAGGCGGGCAUUGUUCCCUAAUUCCCAUAUCUGUACUGUACCAAAGGCAGCUCUUUCUGGGUAAUGAAAUGGUAAAUUUAAGCAUAUAUAUGAGCCUCAGCCUAUGCUGGAAAAGUAGGCUUUCGUA